UCUCUCCGCUCCUUAUCAGGUUCUAUCUGACCCCCAAAACACAGAGACAGAAGAACCAAACACAAACCAAAGUCAUGGAGCUCAGCUUAGAUUCCAACGUCGUCUUCGUCCCCAAGACCAUCUCCGAAUUUCUCUUCCAACUCUCCGCCGUCAAAGACGGCGCUGACAGGUCGUCAAAGCUUGCAGAAUACAGGAAGAGACUCGAAGAUGAAAUGAGGAAGAUCGAGGUUUUCAAAAGGGAGCUUCCUCUUUGUAUGGUCAUUUUGAAGGAUGCGAUUGAGAGAUUGAAAGAGGAAGUAAUGCAGUGCGGGGAAGUGGAAGAUCGGACGGUGGUGGUUGAGGAGUUCAUACCGAUGAAGAAGAAGAAGGAUGAGAAUGAAGGGGUAGUUUCGGAAAAGGAGAAUAGUGAUAUGAAGAGCUGGAUGAGCUCUGUUCAGCUCUGGAGUACUAACGUUGAUCACAGCAAAUCAGAGCUCAAUCUGAGAAAUGAGGAAGAUGAUCGGUCUGUGCCGGAGAAUCCGAUUGAGAUGAGUAAGAAGAGAAGCAGGGGAGGGGCAUUUGUGCCAUUCAAGGGAAACUAUGUGAAGGAAGGCAACGAGGUUUCAGAGGUGCCAAGCCUUUCUUUGAUGACUCCAAUGUGUGAAGUUGGUGGGUCUAACAAUGGAAACUCUAAGAGCAGCGCUAGAGGAGGGUCUGGUCUAUCUUUGGUGAAGUUACAGAUUGAGGCUCAGCAGCUGUCACAGCAACAAUGCUUUAGGAAACAAAGGCGAUGCUGGUCACCGGAGCUUCAUCGUCGAUUUGUUGAUGCCCUUCAACAGCUUGGGGGAUCACAAGUAGCUACUCCUAAACAGAUAAGAGAGCUUAUGCAGGUAGAUGGUCUCACCAAUGACGAAGUGAAAAGCCAUUUGCAGAAAUACAGACUUCACGUCCGAAAGGUACCCGCUUCUUCUGCUGCUGAAGCCAACGGUUUAUGGAUGAACCAAGAUCACUGUGGAGACAAUUCCAAGGCAAAUACUUCACAGUCUCGUUCUCCACAGGGACCCCUCCCUCGUACGGAGUUUGCCAAAGGUGGUCAAUCUACAACCGGGGGCGACAGCACAGAAACAGAAGAAGAUGAUCAGAAAUCAGAUGGCUACAGUUGGAAAGGGGCACGCCACAACUCCAGUGGAGAUGUGUAGUCAUAUACUGAUCCCCCUGAAUUUUGCAGAUACAAAUAUAUACAUGGGGAUAUAUAUAUGUGUAGUCAUAAUUACAAUAAGCAGUGUUUUAACAAAGAGAGAGGGACUUGGAAGCUGAAGGUUUUUAGAGGAGGCACUAGCUACUUUAGAGAGAGGUGACAAGACGACAUUGUUAUGCUGCAAGUUUCUUUCCUCUGCUUCUUUUAUACAGGUUUAUGUAAUGACCACUUAUAACCUAUUGAUUGUAGGAAGUAACAUGACUGUAUCCCAACUUAAUAAUCACUUCAAUUGUUUCUUCUGGUUUUUCUCUGAUAUUAGUUAAUAGUUUAUGCUCC